UACCUCCACAGUUGUCAGUCAUCUGUCUCUGUUUCCAUGGCUCCAAUGUCACUCUCCUUUUCUUCUUCCAUUCUUCCUUCUCCCAUUUCCCAUACCAAAUCCAACACAAACCCCAUUACCCAAGACCCCAUUUUUCGGGUCACUCGCGUCUCAAAAACCGCUGUCUCUGCCUCUUCUACCCGAAGACCAGUUCCAGCGACGAAAAUCAGACCUCCGAAAGAAAUUCCGGAAGAAUUGUUUUUCGAGAGUACGGAGAAGAAGACACUCAAGAAGAAGAAGAAAAAGGAGAAAAAGAAGAGCAGUAAGGUCUGGGUCCACUCUCUCCCCGAAGUCUUAUCCCAUAGGAUUCACAAGAAGCACUGGGUUAUAGCCCUCGAGUUGUUUGACAUGCUUAGAGACCAACCCUAUUACCAACCCAGAGAAGAUACUUACAUGAAACUCAUUGUAUUGCUUGGAAAAUCUGGCCAACCCCAUCGCGCCCAUCAGCUUUUUAAAUCUAUACAUGAAGAUGGUUGUGAAAGUACUGAGCUUUACACAGCCUUAAUUGCAGCAUAUUGUCAGAACAAACUGGUUGAUGAAGUGUUUUCGAUUCUUGAUGAGAUGAGGAAUCUCCCUUGUUGCCAGCCUGAUAUUUUCACUUACAGUACCUUGAUAAAAGCUCUUGUGGAGGCCUUGCAAUUUGAAAUGGUUGAGUUGCUGUAUGAUGAAAUGGCUAAAAGAUCUAUCAUGCCAAACACUCUCACCCAGAACAUCGUUGUAAGUGGUUAUGGUAAGGCUGGGAGGUUUGAUCAGAUAGAGAAAAUAGUGUCAAGUAUGAUAGAGAGCACCACGUGCAAGCCUGAUGUUUGGACAAUGAAUGCAGUCAUCAGUUCCUUUCGUGAUAAGGGUCAAAUUGAUAUGAUGGAGAAAUGGUAUGAGAAAUUUUGUAGUUUUGGAAUACAACCACAAAGGAGCACUUUUAACAUUUUAAUUGCAGCUUAUGGUAAUAAAAGAAUGUAUGACAAAAUGUCAUCAGUUAUGCAGUCUAUGCGCAAGGCAAACUGUCCAUGGACGACCUCAACUUAUAACAAUGUGAUUGAGGCAUUUGCGGCCGUAGGUGAUGCUAAAAACAUGGAAAAUGCAUUUGAUCAAAUGUGUGCUGAGGGUUUGAAAGCAGACACCAAGACUUUCUGCUGCCUUAUCAAUGGCUAUGCUAAUGCAGGUAUCUUCCACAAAGUAAUUAGCAGUGUUAGUUUGGCUGAGAAGCGUCAGAUACAUGUGCAUACUUCCUUUUACAAUGCAGUCAUAUCUGCAUGUGCAAAGGAAGAUGCUUUGAUGGAAAUGGAAAGAUUUUUCAACCGUAUGAAAGAAAAAGAAUGUCAACCAGAUAACACAACAUACUCUGUCAUGAUUGAAGCAUACAGAAAAGAAAGUAUGAACGACAAAAUACACUAUUUGGAGCAGGAAAAACAGACGAUGAUAUCUGAUGACAAAAAAUUGAAUGAGCCUGAGGAGACAAUUGGUUGAUUUGUGGUUUAGAAGUCUGAGUAGUUUUGAAGCAGCAGUUGGUAGUUUUUUAGUUUGACAUGAAAGAAUCAACCAGUUGGGCAGUAAUGCUUCUUUUAUCAUGACAAAUGAUGACUCCUUCAUAACUUGAUGCAAGUUUAUAGCAAGUAUUGUUGGCAUCAUUUUGUGCGUUUUUAUGCCUAUAGCAGCUAUAUUGUCCUACAAAGUUACAAAGGAAUUUUUAACACCUCAAAGUGACAAUAAAUCAAUAAUAUUUUGGUGACAUUAAAAUUUCUGCUGAAAGCAGACAUUUCA